AUGUUUCCCAAACAUGAUCAGCGCUCUUAUUCCUCCUACCUAAUCUUAGAAUCCUACGCAAAAGCCACCGUUCGAGGCUUGCGUAGGGGAUCUGCGUUCGCCGAGAUGCGGCAUGCUUCGAUUGGCAGCCGCACUGCGCCAACCGCGAAUCGCAUGCUUUCCAAGGUUGGUUGUGUCUUGCGGCGCACGUGGAAAAUGGCCGUCUGCAAUCAUCUCGACAACUUUCCAUAUGCAGGCGGUAGGUUGGAACUCGGUGUCCGGGAGCUGAGAGCAGUUUCUGGCCCAGCUGAGCAGCUGGAAUAUGCUACAGAUCCCACAACACGGAACUAUCGUCUGCAGUGCGCGCGUAUCCUCAAGGCUGAACUCGUCAUCUACGGAAAGCAUAGCUUGCUUGUAGGUUAUAAUUCUUGUACUGAUAGUAGGAUUUUAGAUGCAUAUGGUAAUCGCCACGAGAACUGUGCUAGCAGCACCAGCUCGUUCGCCGCCGCACCUGAGAGGUGUAUGCGGUACGGAGUAUCCUAUUAUGAUACAGUCCAACAAGAGGGCGUUCGCCAUCGGGACCAUGAGACAACCGGAGAGGCAUAG